AUGUCGUGCGCGGUCCAGGUUCAAGCCCUGGCUGGGGUCAAUGGGAUCGAUUCAGGCAGAAACACUGGUGCUGUUGGUAGGAAAGUACGCCUGAGAAUUGCUCCUGUGAGGGUGCAAGGAAAGCAACCCGGACAAGUAGUGGAGACGUAUGCACUUUUAGACAAUGGUUUUGAUGUGCCACUUUGUUAUGAGAAGCUAAUCGAUGGGUUAGGCAUCAGCGGAGUCCAGAGGCAUUUCUCCCUAACCACCCAGGAGAAAAGGGACAGUCCAAGGUCAGGUUACGAAGUUAAGCUCAUCAUCAACUCGUCUGACCAUGAAUCAAGUCUGGAAAUACCCAAAGUAUGGACUGUCGAGCGUCUGAACAAUCCCGAGCUAAGCAUUCCAAGAGAUCGGGAUGUCGACAGAUGGUCUCAUCUGAAAGUAAUUGAACUUCCAGAGAUUGACAACAAGGAAGUCCGAGUACUUAUGGGAUGUAACGUGCCUGAAGCGUUUUGGGUCCUCAAAGAAAAACGUGGUAGCAAAGGCGAGCCAGUGGGCAUUCGAUCUCCACUGGGUUGGACGAUAAUAGGACCGACAGAGAAGAUUGGUCAAGAGGACAGCUUCAAUGUGAAUUUCUUACGUUUGGAAACGCAAGAUGAUGAUGAAACCCUCUCACAGCAAGUAGAGAAGUUUUGGAAAGCUGACUUCUUUGUUCAUUUGAUGUCAAGUUCAAAGGUGCUCAUGUCUGUAGAAGAUGAGCGAACCUUGAGGAUAAUGGAGGAAUCAUCCAAGGAAGUUUCUGGUCAUUACCAAAUAGUACUUCCCUGGAGACAGCAGCCCCCUUAUCUGCCGAACAAUCGAAUUCUUGCAGGCCACAGACUGCAACUGUAGAAGAAGAAGUUUCUACGUGAUCACAAAUUGUUUGAAAGCUACAGGGCGACUAUUCAUGACUACAUCUCAAGGGGCUACGCCCAACGAGUACCUAAAGAAGAGCUUGAUGUCGAUGGCAAACCUCUAUGGUAUCUUCCACAUCAUGCUGUCUUCAAUCCUAACAAGCCAAGAAAAUUAAGAGUGGUUUUGACUGCGCAGCUCGAUAUAAAGGAACAUUGCUUAAUGACCAACUAUUAAGUGACCCAGACCUGACCAACAGCCUGUUUGGUGUCCUUGUAAGAUUUCGUCAAGAACCAGUAGCUCUAUCCUCAGACAUCGAAGCUACAAUCAUGGAAAAAGUGUUGACACAUUUGAGCAAAACAGAUGCUUUCUAUCGGCGUCCUUCCGUAGUUUCAAAAAACAUCUUUUUGUCGAUAGUCAAGCCCCCUUCUCUCCCUUUUCAAUGUUGAAAUACGCUCCGUGGACACUGUCACGUGGUUAAAGCAUCGAAAAGGGGAGAGGGGGGCCGAAAUGUGAAACUUGGAGAUUGAAAAAACACUCUCGCGUUCAACAAAACAGGUAUUUUUCGGCGAGUGUCUCAACUGCUUUUGUCCACGAUUGUAUGUUCCAUCAAGUAAUGGUUGAUCCAAAGGAUGUUGGUGCCCUGAGGUUCCUAUGGUGGCCUGACGACGACUUAUCUAAUAUAAACAGCCAGUAGAAUACAAAAUGAAUGUUCAUCUAUUUGGUAGCACGUCCCCUCCAAGCUGUGCCAGAUUCUACACGCUUGUGGCCAAUCGGCUAGCAGUGAUACACGAUGGUUCAGAACUUUCCCAGUGGAAUUACGUCCCAACUAACAUCAACCCAGCGGACGAUGUCAGCCGAGGUCUGACAGUGGAGGAGUUAUUAAGCAAUGAGAGAUGGUUUAGAGGCCCUGCAUUUCUGUGGGAAAAUAAGCCAUCAUGGCUCAUCAAUCCAGUCUCCUUUGCCAACACUUCCGAGACCCAGAAGUCAGAGCUCGAGGUCAAACGAAUCACGUUACCCAGAUGGAGGAAAAACGACCACUGGACCUAAUGAUGCUCCAAUAUUCGUCAUGGUACAUGUUCAAGAGAGCUGUUGCUUGGCUUCUGAGACUUGGACAAUUCUUAAAGGGAAGAGGUGCUUGCGAGCUUCAUCAUCUGUUGAUGUUUCACCUUGUGGCUGUCUUGAUCUUUAUAGCUAUCGUGUAGUUAAUUUACAAUGAGAAAGACUUGUUAAUUUAUGCACUAGACGUCGCGCUUGAACUUCACUAGUCGUUAAGUACAUUUACUUAGUGAACUCAAUUUAGUUCAGGGGCCGGUAAUGUAGCGACUAGAACUUUCUCUGCUUUGGAUGUCACGUUUCUCCGUGACCCCUGGGAAUUAUGCAACCCACUCUGUAGUACUUAAGCGUUCUUCAUUAUGUACAGUUUUGUUGUCAUUUUCGCCGGUGCUUGUUAGCACUGAAAGUUCGAUCUGCUGGUUUCUACCGCGUUUUCCUCAGCUGCUUCACUGUUGUGAGCACUGAAGCACUAAUUCUAGAAUUCGAGUCGCCAUGGCCACAGUUUUGUAAGUUUAUUUUCUCCGUUGUCAGUUUUUUUGUCGUUAUAUUUUUACUGAAAUAUUUUGUCCCGUUUAUUUUUUCAGUUGAAUCACGCACACCCACGAUCACCUUUUGUUUCUCUCGUGUUUACGCCCAGCGUGAUUAAACUUGUGCAUUCAAACUGUGACGUCUGUAGCGCUUACUAGACCUACAAGCUAAAUCACAUUA